CCACCCACCCACCUCUCCCACUACCACCACACAGACACAACCCAAGAGCUUACUUACCUACGAACCUACCUCCCCGACCACUCCUCAGCUUGCUCUACCUUCUUUCCCCCGAAACAACACACACAGAGCUGAACCUGCCCCGACCAUUCCCUCGCACCUACUAUACCUCCCAUCACACCCACCAUCCAUCUAUCCGAGAAGCUUCACUUCCUCUUCAAACCCUCACCUCUCAUCUCUAAACCCUCAAUCCCCCCAAACCUCUCAGCUCCUCUCUCCUACAUCCACCCCGCCCUCGCUUCACAACACCUCUUAUCGCCAUCCUCGCCCUAUCGCCGCCACCACCACCCACCAAGCGCCGCGCACAACUCGCACAAUCCCGAGUAUACGACGUACACAACUCUCACAACUUCCCAGCCCAAGCUCCAGCGCUCCGCAUGGUGGGGACCCUCGCCGUCGCUGCCGCCACCAUGCCGCCCCAGCGCUCUGCACUCACGUCGUCCUUCCCCCUCGCCGACGCAACGAAUGAGGUUGUUUGUCCGCUGCGCAAUCAUGAUGGUUCGGGGUGUCGGAAGAGGUGUCUCGGGGAAAAACGAUAUCGCUCGAUGCAGGAGCACAUCCGUCGCGCGCACCCGGAACAUUACAUCUCGAAGCUGCCGGCGACCGAGGAGAGCUUCCAGCUUAUGAUUAAUACCCCGCCGUCGGAGAGACCGCAGCCCGCGCAGCAGCAGCAGCAGCAGCAGCAGGCGCAGCAGCAGUCGCUUUCGUCGACAGCACACGCGCAUGAGCGCAAUCACUACGCUUCGUCUAGUGGUCCAGGGACACCGAGGAAUAUCGAAGAAUACACCUCUGUGCCACCGAUUGCUAAUGCUGCGGCGGCACUCGCGCAGUUGCAUACUCAUAAAGUCGAGCCGGAAUGGGAUUCUGAUAUGGAAUGGCACUCCGACACCGAACUCCACCACCCCCGCAGCAUGCUCUCCUCCAUCGAGCUCCCCCCCCUCCGACGCCUCGACCACCCCACCUCAUCCCCAUACACGCCCCUCCCACGCCAAAACGACCGUCUCUCCGCACUCCUCUCGCACUCCCCCCCCAACCGCUCUUCAACACUCCCACCUAUCCGACCACCGCAGGGGCAUGCGAGACCGCGCAAACAGUCGCUUAGUAGGCACGCGAGGGAGCCGCCGCAUAAGAGACAUAAGAGCCGUGAUGGGAUGGGGUUGGGGCAUAUGAGGAGGGGGAGCUAUGAGAGGAAGGCUAUGAGUGCUGAGCCGUCGGGGUUUGGGUAUGGGAAGAGGUGGGAGGAUUUGUUGGAUGCGGCGACGAGUGCGACUAGUGAUGUUGGGGAGGAUAGGACGCCUCUUCCCGCAUCCCCCCUCAGCGCGCCGAGGUCGUCACUCCCGCCAGCACAGAUGCAGGCCUACACCGCCUCGCCCCUCCAACAAGCUCUCACACCCCCAGCUUAUAACUUCUCCCCCCCCGCCCUCCCGAGCGUCGAGACGAUCCCCACACCCGAGCGUCCGGACCAUCGCAUCCCUCACGACCAUCGCGGUCCUAAUAGCGACCCCAGCAACGGUCCUGACAGGGGUCAAACCAACCGCCUCCCCGGCCUCCAGAAUAUCCCACCCCACCCCUCGGGCGGAGCGAACGUACAAAUCUACUGCGCCGCGUGCCAGGGCGUUAGUUUACUCCGAGAGAGCUAUGCGUGCACGGAGUGUGUGUGUGGGCUUUGUCAGAUGUGUGUUGAUGUCCUGAUGGCGGGGCAGGGGGCGAGGAGGAGGUGUCCGAGGUGUGCGUGUGUGGGGGGGAGGUUUAAGCCUUUUCAGUUGGAUGUUAGGUAGACUAUCGACUUUGCGGUGUGCGUUGAGUUGGUGGCGAGGUUUGAUGGGGGAUGGUUUGUGCUGACGAUGACUUUGCUGGGGUGGUGAGGAGUGAGAAAGGGGAGUGAUGAUUUUUUUAUGAGGUUGGGUUGGGGUUUGGUUGGGGGUGGUGUGGUUAUUUUGUGAUUUUUUUUGGGCGUUUUGACUUCCUGGAUUAUGGAUUUAUGGAUUUUUACGGUUUAUGGGGACUUAUGGGUUGGGUUGGUGGGGGUUCUUUUGGAUUUUUGGGG